ACACAACAUUUCCCACAAUGCUACUGCCGCACCAGCCCGGAAGUGGGACGUUUAUUGACAAUAUGGCCGCGGAGCUGGGUUUGGAUUUGGCGAAAAAUGUAAUUUGACAGCACUGACCGGGGCUGCGAGAAUCACCCUUUUCCACCUCAGGAGUGUGCUGAACAGAUGCAUUUGAAUGAAGGGAGCCGCGGAGCCACGGGACGGAGUCAGUGAGCUGAGGAAACGUCCAGAGAGUCAAACCCGUCAUGUCGUUUUUCAAGAGGAAAGGUGAGGAGGAAGCUCCCUAUGAGAGAGCUGCAACGUCAACGAAGGCGUUCAGCCUCGAGAGUCCGGCUGAGGAGAGAGAGAGGAAACCGAUAAGAGGGUUAUUAAUGUGGUUCAGACCGAGACCGCAGGGAAAUGAACCGGAGACAGCGGUGUUAGUGUGAAUGAAUCAGCCGCAGUAAUGAUAGCAUGUUAGCUUAGCGGUGGCCUCUCUAUCCUCUUCCCUGACUUAUCUAACCUGCUGUCAUUCUGCCACAGAGGCAGACACCUGAUUACCUUUAGCUAUUAGACACAGAUCCAGUGUAGGGAUUUAAAAUUGUCUUUAGAGUUUGAUGUGAACCCGGUAAGUUCAGUUUAUCAGCAGGGGCGUGUCCAGACUUUUUAACCGGGGUGGCUCUGUGGGGACACUGACCCAUUCAGGGGCGACGUGACGUGUACAUGUGCACUAUUAAAGGGAUAUUCCGGUGUAAAAUUAAUUUAGGGUCAGACACACUGUAACACAAAGUUAGACACCCCCUCGUGAGAUGAAUAUUGCCGACCGCUUGCUUCUCUAGAUAUACCAACUUUAGGAAUGACGCAGGAUAGCAGUACACAACGGCCUGAUGAGCCAUCAAUUAACCUCAACCAAAACGCCACUCUAUAGCCACAAAUAAUGCUCAGAACAGCACCUAACUUCAUCAACAGUACAUAUAGGGUCCUAGCCACAGCACUAGCCACCAAACAUCUUUUUAACUUUGCCUAAUUUCUUUAGCAAAGAGACGAAACACAACUCACCCACUCUCCUCUAGCAGCCGGUUGUUUGUAGCGAGACCUCAGGCCAGUCCAUUACGGACUACAGCGGGAUGACGCAGCUCAAGGAAGAACAUUUAUGAUCAUUACUUUAUCAUUUCCUUUAAGUAAUAACCAUCAUAUUAAUCAUUUUGCACUGCAGACACGGUAGUUCUUCUGCCUUCGUGUCUUGGUCUGAUUGUAUUUCUGUGAAGAAAUGAUCAUAAAUGUUUCUUGAUGGCUCCUCACACUGCUGUGUAUUGCUAUCUUGCGGUCCUUACUAAAGUUGGUAAAAUUAGAGAAGCAUGCGGUCGGCAACAUUCAUCUCUCGACGGGGUGUCUAACUUGGUGUUACAGUGUGUUUGACCCUAAAUUAAUUUUACACUGGAAUAUCCCUUUAAGGAUGUUAAAGUGUUGAAAAUCAUUUAUAUGCUCUGGACACAUAAUGGAUGUAUAACUUGUGAACACAUAGAGAUGUGAAAGUUGAAUAUCAAUAUUUAAAUCUUGAAGAAAUAACCACCGCUGAUGUAAAAUCAUAUAGAGCAAAGCCUACAUGACUAAAUGUCUGUUUGCUGCAAUAAGUGAACUGAACAGAGAAGUAUGUAAGACUUAAAGCAUGUGGUUUUCCAUCUACUUGCUCUCACUGAGAAAAAUAAGCAUGUUCACAUGAUCUGGUGUCAGUUAGGAGCACAACCUGGUCAAGACCUCAGAAAGGCACUGAUGUCUGCGUAUUGAUUUCCCACUGAUGGGUUAACGUCCUGUUAAAAAAUUUCUCAACCUCUGUGUGUUAUUUGCCACUGGGGUGUACAGCUCCUUUCAAAAAGAGCUGUGGUUCAUCAGCUGGGCACAAUACCUGCAGCCAGUUAUUUUGCAUUCAGACAUGCUUUGAAUUAAAAAAUCAACCUCACCCCGAGAGGUGAAUAUAAUCUGAGAUCACAUUAAUUUCAUCCCUACCUAAAAGUUAAUAGAAAAAAAAAAUCUGUCUUCCAGUACAUUUAAUCAAUUACUCAAAACUUUGUUACGUGCUGACACCUAGGGCACACAUACACAAAUGAAUAGCAUUAUUUAUUGUAUCUGUCUCCAUUAAUCAUAUUUUCUUUAGUACUAACAUCAAAUGUAUCAUACAGAUGGUGAAUAUAUAUUUGAUAAAAACUCAACAAAGUGGUGACAUGAUUUCUACGGGUGCCUUCCCCUCGAGACAUGCCCAUUUCAGGUUGAACCCUUAAAAAAACUUCAGUGUUUUCAGUGUUUUUGUAUUCAGCUAUAAGAGACAUUUAACCAGAGAGGAUUGUAAUUUUGAACAUUUGCUGAACAUGAUGUUUUUUGUUAAAAAUAUCUGAAUCGAACUUAAGUAGACUGAAGGGGUAAGAAUCAGCAUAAUGCAGAAAAUUCAGUCAUGCAGUGACUGGUAACUUUAAGUGACUCAGUAACUUCUGAGUGUUCCUUUCAACUGAUUCAGCUGCUGUCAUUGGCCAAGAAAGGCUGCAACACAAUUACAAACUGGGGACAAAAAACACAAAGAUAAAGAAGCCUUAUUUAAGAAGAUUCAACCAAAAACCAUGAAUAGACAUUGAUUCUUGAAACAUGGAAGCCAAGUUUUCUUCAAUCCUUUUCACCAAAAUAACAAAUAGUAAAUGUUACAAAUGCCCCCUCCCCAAAAAGACAAACCGAAAACUGCUCAGUCUUAGUUUGUACCCAAAUUUCAGAGCGUGUCUCAAAUUAGACCAGUGGUUCUCAAGUCCAGUCCUCGAGCCCCCCCGUCCUGCAUGUUAUGGAUGUUUCCCUGCUCCAACACACCUGAUUCAAAUGAUCAGUUCUCGUUAGUAAGCCAUUUCAGAGCUUGAUAACGAGCUGAUCAUUUGAAUCAGGUGUGUUGGAGCAGGGAAACAUCCAUAACAUGCAGGACGGGGGGGCUCGAGGACUGGACUUGAGAACCACUGAAUUAGACUAAAUCUUUUUUUUUUUUUUUUUUUUAUUAACUGAAAUGUGUAUUGAUAUUUAUUUAUAACUAAUGAUGGACCAAGCUGGAGAAAGCUUUACUACUUAUAUUAUUAUGUUAUUGCGAUUACAGGUGCAGCUAAUUCAUAUAAAAACUGUGUUCUUACUGAAGAAGCACAACGCUUUCUUGCUGAACCAUCCAAGUUAGAUACGUGUGGGAUUUAUUGAAACGAGUGUAUCUCCUUGUUUUGAGAAGAAAUACACAAAUGUGAGACGACAGGCUGGAGAGGAAAUGAGUGUGUACAGUUUUCAGCUGAGGUCUUCUUGUGUUUGUUCUGGAAAUCAGUGCAGUAGUAACUUCACUAGACUGUCCCAUGUUUGUUCGUCUUCCAGAGUGAGAUUAGAGGUUUUUCCUUCACAGGGUACUGCGGUCAAACAGCUGACACAGCAGACCUUUCAAAUGAGGAAGUAUGAGAGGGAGAGUGCAGUUAUGAUGGUGUGGACCAGGAAUACACCCAGAACUGACAGGAAGUCAGAGUGUGACUCUGCUACAGACACGGUUGAAAAAAUAGAGGAAAGGCUUUAGCUUGUAGAGUCAAGUUUUGUGAAUCAACAGUCAAAUUCAUUUUCCAAAAGAUGACGGGAUCAUUCUUGAUUUCUUUAGUUGAUGCUGGAGUCAUUGAAUACUUUCAAUCUAUGUUUAGAUGUCCUUCAGUUGAUUGUUUUGUAAACAUCUUAUCAGACCUGAGCAGUUUCCCUCCACUUGCUCAGAUACCAUAACAUUGUUCGACGCUGUCUGCAUAAAGGAGUCCAAAUGUACCCUCUCACUGCUGUCUGUCUGUAGAUCCAAUUUACAUGCAGAGACUUCUGCACAGUCCUCACUGAGCCAUAAGACUGAACUUGUCAGAUUGUUUUUCUUUUAAUAUGUCCAAAAGUUUGAGUUGGACCAAUUAAAUGAAAGUCACACAGGGAUGUGGUUAUGCAGAUUUUUUGUAGGGAAAACAAAUUCAAUCCACUAAUUCUCAAAACAACCAUCAAUCUAAUCUUUUUCAGACAAAAAAGAACAAUUUUUAUUAUUUUUUUUUUAUUUUGAGAAAAUAAAUAAAUAAACGAAGAAGGCAGCCUAACAAGAAAGCUCUUUUUGAAAAGUAAUAAAUAAUUCACUAAGGUAGGCAAGUAAGGUACAUAAGUAGUGAAAUACAACACCUUUCAUGUACCUCUGUACGGAUUCCUCUCUCUGUUUUUUCUUUUAUUGGUUUUUGAUCGUGGGUUUAAUGGGUGUGACAGCCGGCACUGAAGAGGGUGGUUCUGGGAUGCCAGAGCUAACCGUUUGGGCUUCCCUGAGGGGCUGUGAGGAUGACUUGACAAAACACUGGUGAAGGAAGAUUCCCCCUUGAUAAUCCUGGUGAUAGCUGUCCCCUUCUACUGCCAUGUUUGGGUCGUGGAGGACAUUUGUGGUCUUAUGAUAAGCUUCACACCUUAUCAGCUCCAAUAUUAGAGGGUGUGACAGGCUGGCUUUGCUCACUGAGUACUUAUCCUUUUAAUUAGAGAACAAACAGCUUGUGUUUAAAGGCCUGUCUUUAACUUUUACCACAAAACACGCACAUCUGCUAUAAAUUAAAGACCUUUGCGGCAGUUAAAUUGACGUAAUGCAACAGAGUCAUACUGGCUACUCCAGUCGUUGAGUGCCAUCUUUGGCAGGAGACAAACGGGACCAUCAACAGCUGAUUCUGACACUCAGCCUUACAUUGGUGUGUCUCUGAUGUUAUUUCAGGUUAAAGCUGCUGUUUCAUCCCACAGAACUGGUUUGUGUCCUCCACACAUCGUCUUUUUCGUCCACUGUGGGACACCGUUGAUUUUACAAGCAGAGUUAGUUGAAACGGCUCAUCAAGAUCAGAUAAACCUUAAACCAACGCUCGGAGGCUAUUUUUUGACAGCCACUGCUUUUUUCCCCGACAGACACAGCAUCAGUGCCAGUUGAUGUUGACUCUUGGCGGAUAGGUGCGUCGGGUGACAGCUCUUCCCACAAUGUCUCCCUCAAAAGUCAUCUUCUUUGCUGUUUUGACCGGUCGCAUUGUCCAUCAGAAUACUGAUCCUGACCGUUCAAUCCAAAGAUGAUGAGUGUUGAGUCACUUCGCUACUACUGUGCGCCCUCCUUUCACUUCAGGCUGUAUAUCUUUUGCAGUUUUUUUCCUUAAAGUUGCAGGAACCCACCAAGGUUAAGAGAGCACUAUGUGACCAGUAUAAGAGGAACUGGCCCAGCAUGAAAGCCGCCUCAGUCCUCUUUACAACAUAUCAGGCAGGACUGAGGAGGCUUUCACAUAUCAACACACAGCUUCCCUUUUAAUUUCCUCUUCUAUGAGCAGCAGCAUGAAGAAGCCUGCUGUAAAUGAUUUGUUUGCAUACCGUUAUGACCCACAGUUGCUUUUCUAGUAUACAGAUAACCUCACCUCACUUAAGUAUGUCAUUGUGUAACUAGAGAGAGCUCUACUCUUUCUAGUGACACAACACACAUAGUUUCUUUGCCUCACUUGUCAGUGUUUAUGAUUGUUCUGCACGCUGCUCCUGUUCUCUUUUUGUGAUUUAAGCUGCUGUAUGCUCCUCUAGUUACCUUCCCUCUCUCAUUUUCCUCCCUGCAGCCAAAAGCAAAGAACCUGAGAGAGUGACCGAUGCUAAAGUCAACAGAGGUAAGUUCAAUACGUACUCUUAAAGCUGAGAUUGACCUGAGUGUAUGCCUUUUUUUUACAAUAAUUUGGUUCUCUUUAGUCCAAUCAGGCUGGUAAUAUCUCUAAAACCAACAUUUUGACCUCAGGCUAAUUACUCAAACACAUUCAGCUCACAGUCAAACACAGAGCAGUCUGUCUGCUCAAAUAUCUCACAUCCCCCAAGGCCUCUGUACACAGACUGUGAGCUCUUUCAAAAACCCGUAUGAUAAAGACCUUUUCAGACAAGUCACGCUGAUGUCAUACUCGCAGCUCGCUCAGAUCCUUUUUAUCAUUGUACUCCUUUUUCAUUGCAUAAUACCCAUUUUCUGUCCACUUCCAUUCCUCUGCAGCCCCGGCCAGUCCUAACUCUCCAUCGCUCGCCCUGAGGAAUCAUCAUGCAAUCCAGGAAGCUGCCGGGCCCAGCCAUGUGGCCAUCAACGCCAUCUCCGCCAAUAUGGACUCCUUCGCCCGCGGUCGCACCGCCAUCCUCAAGAAACAGCCAAGUCACAUGGAGGCUGCACACUUUGGAGAUCUCGGUAAGAAGCCUGCAAAUCACGUUCGAGUGCUUUUCAUGUUUUUGAUACAAACUGAGACCGAUGCCUAGGGCUGGGUAAUAAACUGAAAAUUUACCGAUACUGAAAUUUACGACAAUAACCGACAUCAUUUUGCCCAUAUCGGUAGAUUCGUUUUUGGAUGUGUGUAGGUAGGCUGUGGUCUCAUGUCCCUUUAAGACGCUGUCCUAUGUCAGAGACGUGACUCCACCCCAUCCAGUCUGUAACAAAGAGGGAAAGACAGGUGAGGAGAUGGAGGACGGUUCAAAAGUUGUAGCGGCUGAAGUAGACGAAGUUAAUGUAAGAGGGGGUGAGCAGCUUGUGGAGUAGUAAUCGUCAAUUUAUCAUUAUCAAGGUGUACUGCUCAAUAUAUUGUGAUGUUGAUUUGAGGCCAUAUCGCCAUAUUUGUCCUAUAACUGCAGAAAAAAGUAUGUUAAGUUCAUCACAGUGUCCUCAGGUUCAAAAAGACUUUCUCUUUCACAUGCUAUUAUCUUGUGCGCACAAAAUAACCAUAUAGUGCCCACAAGAUAAUGACUUGUUCCUCAUAACACAUGUGACAAAAUAGUACUUAACUUGUAGGAACAAAUGAUCACCUUGUGUGCUGAAGAUAAUAACUGGUUUGCACGAGAUAACGUGUACGAGUAAAUAUCAUCUGUGCUUAUAAUUGUGAAGUGGUUAAGCAAUAAGAUAGUUCCUGAUAAACGCUAAAAAAGAGCGACUUUUGGUUUUCUUUGAUUCACAGUUUUUUGAGUUUUUUUUCCUGUAAAUGUGUACGCAUCACUAAUUUUCGAAAUGUGGUCCUGCUUUUUUUCCAAAUUUAAAUGAUCAGUUGGGGAAGUGCACACUCAAAAGACUUUGUCCAAAACUUAACGCUUGUCAGCAGCAGACCUUUAAAAUCAAUUUAUAUAUCAUCAUUCACUUUUGUGGAUUAUGGUCUUGUUUGCUUUUCACGGUAUUAAAAGUCGUUGGCAUCAGUUUUGUCCUUUUUAUCAGCAAUCAAAACUCCCCACUGAAGUUUUUUUAGGAAUUAAUAGACUUACUGCAGCUCUAGAAAAAGCCAUGCCAGAUUUAUUGAGACAGACAAUGUUUGUGGUUUUAAUGCAUAUGUCAUACACUAUUGUAACAAAUGUGUUUUUAUUGUUGUUUCAAUGUUUAUUUCUAGUACCUGUAAAGCCAGCACAUGCAGCAGAGUUAUUCUUGUUCCUCCUGGCAUCGAGUAAAUUGCUUUAGACUUGGUUCUGAUCAACCUGUAAUAAAACUGUAAUGCUGAGUGAUGAUGAUGAGUAAGAAGAAGAGGUAAUAGAAGAAGGAGAACCUGUGCUUGUGCGCUGUGGAUUCAUCUGAGUGUAUUGUGCUCUGGUUGACCUCAGUUCAGGAGUCAUCUUCUUUUUCAUCAUCUUCCUCGGACAGAAGUCGAAGUAUGGCUUUGUUUCCUUUCCCUCUGCGUUUGUUGAGGAAACUUGAUAGCCUAACAGCAUCCAGGUCCACUGAUUCCUCUGUGCUGCUGCGUUCAUCAGCACCUGUCCAGUGGAGAGCACUAUGGCCUAAAUGUGUUGUGUUUGGGUGAUGGUAAAAAAAAGUGGACACUUCACAGCACUGUUGUGAAUUUAUCUUGGCUUGUUUAAGACAAUCCUACUUUUUUUUUUGCAUUUAUUUCAAUUAGGGCUGUAAAGUCCUAGUCGACUGGUCGACUUACUGGCCAAUGUGUGCUAAGGUCGACCAGAAUUCUGAUUGGUGGACUUGAUUUUUGCCGUGUCAACGUGUCCCACCCAUUAGUCGAUUUUUAGUCGAAAAUUUCAGUGUUUUAGUCAACCAAGAACUUCUUUGGUUGAUUACAGCAGCCCUAAUUUAGAAAAGAACCUGUCCUAUAUUUGGACCAGUAUCUUUAUUUAUAUUUGGCACUCUUUCCUGCUGGAUGAAAUCUUAAUUUGCUUGACAUUUGCACAAGAACCCGGCUAAAAGAUGGAAAAUACCCGCCACUGUAAACUCUGAGGCUUUUGAUUUAACAGCUUAAUCGCAGCACGCUGCAUUAUCCGCCAAAAAUAAAAGCACGAAAUAGCGAAUAAAGAAAACUUUCAAUGAACAAACGCAGAAAGAGGGAAAUGAUAAUGUCGUUAAUUUAGUUUUUCUUCCCUCUGUGUCCCUGUUUAACCCUUUGGCCGUAGUCAAGUCUCACAGAGGGAUGUGCCGCCUGAGGAUGCCUCUUGCAUCACUAACAUGAUUUAAAAACAGCACACACCUUCAUUUAUCCUGUCCUGGAGAGGACUCACAGGACUUCACGCUUCAGUUUUCACAAACACCUGACACCUGUCUUUUUGUCUGUGACGCUCAUCCUCUCACACUGUGAUGAGACAUCCCCUGCUUUUUAUCAAAAGUGCUAAAAUUAGGCCCUGUGUGUGCGUUCCACAAAUGCCAUGAUACGGGGCGGUGCGAACAGCUAACCGCAUGGCACACGUCGAUGACAGCAGUGACAGGAAUUUCAGAAGACAGCUUUGCAGUGAAUAGUUGAGGUGAGUCAGACAAAGGCGGAGGAACCUGUGCAGCAGCUCGGACAAUAACGUCUGAACCAGACUCACCAGACAAGCUCAGCUCAAGUGUAGGUGAGAAGAAAAAAGAAAUAAAGGCAGGAAGUCAGGGAGGAGUUUGUAGACAGCUUUGACAGUUUGGGACUGAUAGGUGAACUUAUCUCUACAGGUCAGAGUUGACUGGCAGGUAUAGUGAACAAGUUGAAAAUGAUCCGGUUAUUUCCCUGCUCCCUUUUGAUGGUUUAAAGAAGCAGAUGUGUGUGUGUGGUGUGCUCUGAAAAGACACACUAAUGAGAUGAGGGCCUUUUGAUCACCUGAUGCUACACUUGCUGCUUGAUUUGAUCGGCUUUUAGUCUCGUUCAUUCAUGACUGUGUGAUCGUCAGAAAUCCGGAUGUGGAUUGUUUAUCUCUGCACACUCAGUGACGACUUUUAAAGCAUGACUUUGUUUUUAAAAGACAAACAUAACAGCAUGACGCCUCAGCCCACGCUCAGACUCACUCCAGCUGAUGUGCUCUGAUUCAUUAUCACAGCUCAUAAGCUCAUUUGUUUAUUUGUUUUCGUUGAGUGUGUGUGUUUGGAGUCCCUCAGGAUGGUGGAUGUUGCUCCAACAGUUGUCAUCAGAGACGUUGUGAAGUCAUAUAAUUAUAUCUGCCACCUCUGUAUGAGUCAGAUGUUUUUUUUUUCAGUGUUCAGAUGAAGGUGGAGUUUGGGGACAGUCAGAGGUGGCUCUGGCUGUUACUGCUGACCACUUCAUUCACGCAUGAAUGACACGGUGGACAGGACACGCAGCCGCUGUAGAUGUUUGUGUCUGAAAAGUUUGUCCGAGUUUAAUCAUCUGUGAAACUGCAUCGUCUGGGGCCGCAGCCUCACAGCCAGCUGAAAAUUCACAAGACUUCAAAACAAAUAUCCAGGAGUUAAAAUUCAGCCCACGAUGCAGCUUUCAGUCUAGACGGAGAUUUUUCUCCUUAAAUAAGAGAUGAACACGGACAGAGUAGAUUCUUAUGAAUAUUUUUUGAGCCAUUUCUUUAUUUUGAGGGACAAACUUUUGCCUUUGUUUCGUAGGAGUCCAUGAAAAGGAAGUGUUUGGGAGAACACAAGGGUCAAGGCCUGUAUAUCAUCAACAGUCUGGCUUGUGGUUUCAGGUCUGAAGCCUGUGUGAUUGGGGUACGUGCUCUGACCUGUGAACUAAACCACCACCUCAGAAAUCCUUUCCUUAUCUCUGACUUUAUGACGCAGCAGCCACCACAUGUUUUAUGUUUUAGGCCAUUUUUGCUUUUCUUAGAUUGGACAAUUGAAGAGAGGCAGAGAAUGUGGGGAGCAGAGAGUUGGGGGGAGACAUGAUGCAAAGGGCUGAGGCUGGGAAUUGAACCAGUGCCCGUUGCAACGAGAACUACAUCCUCUAUACAUAGGGCGUUUAAACCACUAGGCUAUCAACACCCCUUCCCACUAGUUUCAAAGUUUAGAAACAGUUCUGUAAGGUGAACUACAAAACUUGUGUCUUGAAUCUUACUGUUGUUUUCGAAGCUUGUGUUAAUCCUAAACCCGACAAGUAAAAUGAUUUGUUCUCAUUUUUGAAUCAGGGAUGUACAGAAUUAUCAGCCAACCAACAAUGAGCGUCAGCAUAUCAUAUCAGCUCUGAGGAAAUGUUUGGAAGUGUCAGAAACAGACAGCAAAACAGCUGUUUGAAAUUCUUGUGGGGCACCCAAUGAUGGGAGGAGAGCAAAACAACUCUUCCUCAACACUACCAACUAACUUCACCCUGUUUCUCAAGAACUGUCAUCCUGGACAGCGCUAAGAGUUCCCCAAAAAUUGUCAGUGCAGAUAGACCUACAUCUGCUCUGCAAAAUGUGCUGCAGACUGUGCAAGAAUACUGUGACAACCACAUGGAGUCAUUGCAUGUUUCCAAACGUUUUUUUCUGUAUUAUCUGUGUCAUCAGAAAGUUUCCAUCCUGGCACAAAAGCUGCUACAGGUAUAUUUGUGCAAAUCACAGAUUAACAGACUAAUAUGACAGCAUGACUUAACUGUUUUGAUCCCAUAGUGUCUCCGUCUAUGUGAAUAACCUGAUUGCUUUUGUGUGUUCCAGGUCAUUCCAGUGUGAACUAUCAUCCUCAGGAGACCCGCUCUCGGCUGUCUAAAACAGUGGACCAUGUCCUAAGAGACAAUGUGGCGAUACCCCACUACAUGCAUUUCAUGGAACUACAGGGAGCCGACCACCUGGUCAGGUUCUGGCUGGAGGCGGAGAGUUUCCGCUCCACUAGCUGGUCUCGGGUCCGAGCGCACAGCCUGAACUCUGUCAAACACAGCACGUUAGCGGAGCCCGUCCCCGCCUCAGCGGACGGCUCCGAGUUCCCGGAACUUAACGAAAACACACCUAACUCCCUGUCCCGGGACAGUAGCAGUGAACGCUACACAGUCCAGACAGACUCCUUCAGCACAGAGGCAGGCCUCAGACCCGGUACCCCUCUAGCAGGAACCCCCAACAGACAGGCCCCCUCCAGGACGGGAACUCCCAUCAAGGGGCAGGCAAACAGCACUCUGAGAGCCCUCUCAGACAAACUAAUGAAGAGUGAGUGAACGUCCCUUUGUCUUUAAUGUGUUUGUUGUCUUAGCUGAGUGUAGAAUUGGCCGCACUUUAGCUGUUAAACUCAUACGAACAGUUACAGCGAGUAAAGAGUCAGUGUCUUUAUACUUUUAUGGCUUCAGGGCUGUUUUUAUUUUUGACUAUUUGAGUAGUGUUGUAUGCAGAUAUUAUGUGUCCACCCUCCUUGUUUAAAUUGCUUCCUCAGUGUAUCUCUCUGUAGCAUCUUCCUCUGUGCUGUUUUCAUGGAUUCAGAUGGAGAAUUACAGUUGAAGUGCCUCAUACUGUCCCAUUAGACUCCACCCCCCUUUAUUUUCAGUCUUCAAUUAGUACUUUAUCUUUUUCCUGCUUUGCUGUAAAUGAGUCUUAAAUGUGCUUUUCAUUCUUGUCAAAAAUGGUUGCUGGAUGGUGAGAACAAAUUCCUUUUUGAUGCAAAGCAGAGGUUUUAUUUUUCUCCUAACUUUCUGUUCCUAGAUUUCUGUGCCCUGUUAACAUGAAUCAGAAGUGACUUGAACUGAUUUGGUGUAAAAAAAGGUGACACAGUGCCUCCCUGCCUGAUGCUGCUGUCUCUCUGUUGUAGCGCAGCAUUGAUUCACAGUAGUCUUUUGCUGCUUCAAGGACAAGAUUUACAUUUUUAUCGUAUCUGGUCAAACAAUACAGACAUCGCCACAUGUAAGGUGACAGGUUUUAUCAGCUGCUGUACUUGUUUUUCUUUUGAUUCUGGCUGCAGAGACAUUUUUCUUCAUAUUUCACUGUGAAUGAUAGGGAUGCAUGGUGGCCUCUUUUCUUCCUUCUUUUAAACAAGGGUUUGAGAGUCUGACUGAGACAAAUCAGGUUGCUCUUCAUGUUGCAAUAGACAGUUUGGUCUCGUUAAUUUGCAGAAGUUACACAAAGAGGAAAUUAGCUUGAAAAGGACAGUAACUCAGACAUAUUCACCCUUUGGAUUUGUCAAGAUGCUCAAAGAGAUGUCUUUUCUCAUCAUCUACUGAACGUUAUCCUCCUUUUAUCUGCGAUUGAGGCUUAAGGUUCAGAUAACUGUCACCACUACAAACUAGUGUAGCUGCUGUGUGAUGUCUCGCCCCUUCCGCUAACCCAGUGGUUCUCAAGUCCAGUCCUCGAGCCCCCCCGUCCUGCAUGUUUUGGAUGUUUCCCUGCUCCAACACACCUGAUUCAAAUGAUCAGCUCGUUAUCAAACUCUGAGAUGGCUUACUAACGAGCUGAUCAUUUGAAUCAGGUGUGAUGGAGCAGGGAAACAUCCAAAACAUGCAGGAUGGGGGGGCUCGAGGACUGGAUUUGAGAACCACUGCGCUAACCAAAUAUUUAUUUCACACUAUUAAAACCAAAUAUGUCACAGGAUGGUGCAUCACACAGCAGCAUCAGCAUAACUAACUAUAACUGGAUGAUUCAGAAAAAGGAUAUAUGUAUAUGAGUUAACAUGCUAACAAGAUUUCACAACAGAACUCAUGUUUCUGAAAAGUUUGUUCAAAGUUAAAAUCAUGCUUCAUCUGUCUACAUGGAGCCAUUCGGGGGAGCGCUGCAUGUUUUGGCCUCACUUUUUUUUGUCUCUGUUUUGAAAAAUCUUUCACGUGACAAUUAAGGUGAGUCAUUCCUCUGUGUUUUGCUACGUCACUUGAUAACCCAGCUCUCUUUCUGUGUUCUCCAGGUAUAGAGACAGAUGCAGUCACAAUCUUUACCAGGUACAUCUCUCCAGAUGCCGUGAGGCCGAUCCCAAUCACAGAGCAGAACAGGAAUGACAUUGUCGGUAUGUUACAGAUGCUUUUUCCAAAUCAAACUCCAUGCUAUCAAUUACUGUAGUUUCAGUUACAAAAUCUGAUUUUGAGUGCUGAGAGGUUCCUGUCUCUCCCCUGUGCAGCUAAGAUCUGUGGAGAGGACGGCAUGGUGGACCCAAACUGUUUUGUCUUUGCACAGUCGGUGGUUUGCAGCAUCUUAGAGCAACAGUGAGUGUCCAGCUAUCAAUUCUCCAAAGGAGUUAAUACUCAAAACUGAAAGCGAUGCCAUGCUUUAUCUCUGCGCCGGCAGUGUAGCCAGCGUCCUUUGACAUCUGGCACCUCGGCAUCCUCAGUAGCAGCAGCUGUGUUGAUGUCCCACUCGCUCUUUGGUUUCAGGCACUUUACUGAAUUCCUGCGGAGCCAUCAUUUCUGUAAAUACCAGAUUGAAGUGUUGACGAGUGGCUCCGUGUUCCUGGCUGACAUCUUGUUCUGUGAGUCGGCUCUCUUCUACUUCUCUGAGGUGAGUGAGCUCAGUGGUGGUGAUUUUAUCAGAGCUGUACCGUGAAAAACACAUCUUUACAUGAGUGGUUUCAAACCACUCAUCUAUUGUUAUUUUUGCAGAGUCCUUUACAAGUUUGUUUUAAGUUUUUACAACAGUGAUAGAAACAAAGUAAACACAAAAUGUACCUACCCAAGAUAAGGAUAGAAGAAGACACCAGAAUGUGUUAGGGUCAUUGUUUUUGUACUAUUGCCUUUCCUCUUGUUUAUUUGCAGUUGCACAGGUACGUCACAUCAGAAUAACAUUUCAUCUCUAUGUAAAUGGACAGAGCAAAUUAAUAAGUCUUCAUAAAAAGUUUACAUUUUUUGUUGAUUUGUUUGAGUCAGUUAACGAAAAAUCGAACCCCAAAUCAAUCCGGUCACUAAAGCACAGGGAGAGUGGAUUAUAAGCUUAGGCAAAGAUGUUGUCAUGACCUUGACUAAAAUGCAUUUUUUGUGUUUUUGUUGAAAAAAAGCAAAACAAAAAUAAUCAGUGUCCUUGUUUUUCUUCUGUUGUAUCCUGGUCCUGGAGGUGUAACCUUAGUCUUUUAAUUUCAAAACAUGCCAUUAGAAAUUGUAAUACAUGCAGUUUGAAGGAUUUAGUGUCAUUGCAGAGUGUGGUUACUAUAGUAACUUGGAAAGAGUUUGCUCCGUUGUGUAGUGUUAGGACAGGAGGAAAAGGUUGGGUGUUUAAGAGGAAAAGUGAGGUACUGAAAUAUAAAACUCACAGAGUGGCUUUAACUUUGGACCUUUAAUAUCAAAGUUGAUGUUUUAAAAGAGAAACUUUUGAGACGCCUUCUCUUUAAACGACAGCUGUUACAUUUUUAAGUUGAUGCCCUGAUGCUGUUGCAUCCUGAGCUACUUUUCACUGUUUUCUUUUCCUGUGGCUUCCUCAGUUGCUGUUUUGCUUGUUUCACACUCAGCAGGCACAGAAAGGAUACGACAUGUGUCACUCCUACUCAGUUCAGCUCCUGGAUACAGUGUUAUGUCUCUGCAUGAAAACACUCACAAUGAAAUCACAGACUAAUUAUGUACUAUUAAAUUUGUCUGCAUCUAGUUUUGUCAUCAAUCUUUGUCAACUACAACAACGAAUUGUUGUGCCUCUGAUCACCUGGUGCAAAACCUGCAAAUUCUAUCAAAAGGCUCAACAGAAAUUCUUCAGGAUAAAUCCCUCAGCAUACAUACAGAAUGAUGAAGCAAAGGAUGUCAUAUAUCCUUAAAAAACUACAACAAAAAAUGGAUGACCAACUGUACAACAAUCAAGUUAAAAAUAACAAUGUGAAUAGUUUUCCAAACCCAUUUUUGGGCCAAAAAACAUAAAGGCAGGAUAACAGUUUGUCAUCAUGAUACAGAAUGUCUCAGAAAAGUAACCAUCUAACUUUGGCACUGGUUAGUUGAACCUUUAAUGCUGUGGAAAAGCCACAGGAGGUAACGGCAUACAUAAUUCUGAAUAUUAACUCUAACUAAAUAUCAGAAAACAAACAGCAGCUUUCAAUUAAUCUUAACUGUGCUCUGUGUCUCCUCUUCUGCAGUACAUGGAAAAGGAGGAGGCCAUGAAUGUACUGCAGUUCUGGCUGGCGGCAGACAACUUCCAGAAUCAGCUAGCAGCUAAAAAAGGCCAGUAUGACGGCCAGGAGGCUCAAAAUGACGCCAUGAUCCUUUACGACAAGUAAGUGUUUCAGCCUCCUUGUUCUCCUCAUGCACCCUGCUGGUUUUAGUUGAGCGUGUGUUUGUAUUUGUAUUUGUAUUUAUUUAUUUAGCACAGAUUAAAAACAGUGCAAGGAGGGAACGAAGCCGAUAUGCUUAUACAAAGUUGCACUCCUGUCAGGGCAGAGAAAGCAAAAGGUGCAGACAACUAAGUAAUCAGAACAUAGACAGGUUACACAUGUAAAAUGAUUAGGGAAAGGUCAAACAGAUACAAAUUGCCAUAAAUGGAACACAGACUAUUUAUCAAACAGUGAUAAAGACAAUAAAGUAUUCAUAAAAAGGAAAGAAACAUGAUCAUAACAAAUAAUGAUGUAUUUAAGACAUGAUUAGUUGAGAUUUUAAUGAUAUUUUAAAGGAGUUGAGGGAUGAUAUUGAUUUUAGAGAUGCAUCCAGAUUAUUCCACAGUUUCGGACCUCUAAAAGUGAUGCUAGACUGAUGACUAGAAGUUCGACAUGAAGGUAACUGAAGAUGGCCAUUUUGUCUUGUUGAGUACGGGUGACCUCUGUUUGUCCCCAGAGGUCAAUCUGAUGUUUCAUACUCAGAGCAGAUCUUUCGAUCCAUUUGGAGUUGAGGUAAACAAUCACGAAGAGGUGAUAUUUUCUAAGAUCAGUCCAACUGCUUUCAUUAUUUGAUAGACUUUCAGUAAAAAAUGAUGACUGAUUAAAACACAGUUUGUAAUUAUCUAAGUCCUGAAGGGAUACUUACUGUGGCUUUUGAACUCAUUCCCACUGUAGCUGGCGGCUUAAAAUAACAUAAAUUGACUUUGUGAUGUUGAAUUGAAAUAUCUGCUGUCCCCUCUAUGGUCUGAUUUGAGAACAAGAGCCCAGAGAUGGUUAAUUAGCUCCCAUGAUUAUAAACUCUCAGCUGUGUUGUUAUUAUUCCUGCUGCUAAUUUAACUUUAGUUUGACCUAAAGUGUGCCAUUUUCCCAUCAGUAUACAUUGAUUUUUCUGCAAAUGUCACCACAUAUCAAAAUAAUUUUCUCACUCAUUAGUCUCAGGAUGGCGCUUGUCAACAACUCCUUCUCUUUUGUUGCUCAGGAGGAAAAUCAGCGUUGAACUCGCUGAACUUUCUGCUGUGACAGCUUGUUUGUGUUUAUUCAUGUUGUGUGAAGUUUGAGCAGAUCUCCUUGUAAUUAACGAUAAGGAGCGCAGGUGUUGUUGCAGUCGGGUCUUUAAAUGGAACAGGUUUCCUCCCGUAGAUGUUUAUACUGAAUGCAGAGGCUUGUUUACAGUGUUGUAUGAAAAUGUCCUUGUAUAUUCACGCUGAAGGUCAGUUAAAUCUUUAAAUUAAUUGGAAAUACAUUUCCAGUCCUCUCUGUUAGAAACUGUGUCCUGCAGCCAUAGAGCUGUCCUAUUUUAAACAGCCUGUUUUCCUUUGUGUUUUGAAAGGGUUGUGAUGGCUGACCCUGUGACCACUGCAGUAGAGAUCCACUGAUUAUGAAAAAUAACUCUCUAGCCAACAGCAGUUUUUUUUUCAUUAAAUGUUUGUAAUUCAUUGAGUUUGUUUUUAAUACAGCUGGGAGAUUUGAUUUAUUCAAACUGUUGCAAGUAGUUCCUCUUAGUCCAUCUCAAAAUGUCUUACAAACUGCAUGUCUGUGUAAUAUUCCCACACAGCCAACAUCUUCUUUCUCAUCUGACCAUGAAAACAAAUCAAAUGACGUCUUUGGCCCAAAAGUGUACUGGCUAUCCAACAUAGAAAUUAGGGCUGGGCGAUAUGGCCUCAAAUCAAUAUCACAAUGUAUUGAGCAGUUCACCUCGAUAAUGAUAAAUGGACGGUAACUACUUCACAAGCUGCUCACCCACUCCCACAUUAACUUCGUCUACUUCAUCCUCCACUCCAGCUGCUACAAUUUUUGAACCGUCCUCCAUCUCCUCACCUGUCUUUCCCUCUUUGUUACGGACUGGAUGGGGUGGAGUCACGUCUCUGACAUAGGACAACGUCUUAAAGGGACAUGAGACCAUAGCCUACCUACACACAUCCAAAACUAACUUUUAUUUAUUUAUUUUUUUGACACAGAAUAUACUUAUAUGGAUAAAAUGAAGUUGGUUAUAAUUUCGGUAUUGGUAAAUUUUUGGUGUAUCGCCCAGCCCUAAUAAGAGUAAUGCAUCAAAGACAAAGAUACAGUAAAAAUCAGCUUCUGACAUCAGUGCACGCCAUAUUAUUUCCUGAUGUCUGUCAUCCGACUGUCAUUUUCCCAAACUGAGGUUCAACGAACAGCUCAGCGUAUCCCUGCUUUGAAGAUGGUAUUAUGUGAAAGAACGAGUUCUCAUUACUGAGUGAAAGCUGUUUGUGAAGCUGCACUGUUUCUUCUUGCUCUAGUUUUCAAUUUUCAGUCAUCGCUGAUGCAUGUAUCGGGCUGUUUUAACCUCUUUCUGUUCAUUCAUAUUUAAUAGUUCAUAAAUGCCUUUUGGUGCACAUAGUCAUGACUCUUUUUCUCUAAAAGUUUUUCUCUAAAAAUCAGCAGCUCCUGCUCUGCUCUGCUCUUUAUGCAGGAUGGCAGUAACACUCUAAGUAUAAGACACAAUUCCUUUAAUCAAGUUCUUUUAGUUUCCUUUAUAAAUGUGUGUUUUAUUACCGUUUUACAGGCUUUGGGUGCUGCUUUAAAAUCUUUAUAUUUGGCACAUCUGAACUGAUUCCUUUUUAUCUCUGUUUCCUCUCCAGGUAUUUCUCACUCCAGGCCACAAACCCUCUGGGCUUCGGCGACUCUGUACGGAUGGAGAUAGAGUCCAAUAUCUGCCGAGAGGGAGGGCCGCUCCCCGACUGUUUCACCACUCCUCUCAGACAGGCCUGGACCACCAUGGAGAAGGUCAGACUCAAGAGGAGCUGAACACAAAGGGCUCCGUAUUUUCAUGUGGGAGUCAUUUAUGCCUGUUAUAAUAAAAAGGAAAUAAAUCAAUGUUAGAAAUAUAAAUACUCAAAUCAUAUUGAGGGAGAUGUGUCUUUUCUUCUUGGAUAGUCCUAAAGUUUAAGUUCUGUAUGUAAUUCAAGUGUCUCAUGAAGUCUCGCUUAUAAAUGCUGCUUAUGUGAGUUCAUGAGAUAAAAGCUGAACACUCUUGGUAGCAUGAUUGUCUCAGUAACUUGUGUUCAGACAAACAUGACAGAGCUCAUCAUUGUCUAACGGAGUACUCUGCUUCUUUGUGCUGGUUCAGGUCUACAUGCCAGGCUUCCUGUCUAGCAACCUUUACUACAAAUACUUGAGUGACCUCAUCAACUCCGUGCGGGCAGACGAGUUUGUGAAUGUCAGCACUUCGGGUCAGGGCGGGCAGGCGGACAAUGACCGGUCAAGUUCAAAUGCCAGCGAGGGCUCUCAGACUCAGGUGACCCCCCUCCUCUAAACUUUGACCCUUAAUUUCAGCCCGGUGGGCAUGUUUCUCUGUCUGCUGACAUUUAGAGCUGCUCCACCUCUCUUAAUGUCACAGGGUUGUGAUCAUCCCUGUUGUUUAGAAAAAGAAGAAAGUUUUGUACCCGACAUUGAUUUCAUGCCUUCUUCACUUCAGCAAGGGACAAAAAAAGCGGCGAUCAAGAUCCUGAAAAACUUUGAUGAGGCAAUCACGGUGGAUGUGGCCAGUCUGGACCCUGAGUCUUUGUACCAACGGCCGUAUGCUGGGUGAGUACACUUCACUCAUGAUACAGUUCAUGAUGCAGUGUUCACAGUUUUCACUCAAUUCUAAGAAUGUAAGCUACUCUGUGUGCACAAGCUUUGCAGAAGUGAUAGUCUAAAUUUAUUUUCUGUUUCACUUCUUUUCCCAUUUUACUGCCUUAUGCAUAAGUUUCUCUAUUUCCUCAUUUGAUGAAAGAAACAUGCUUUUAUUAUAGGAGAACAUUCAGGGUACCUCCACUAGUUUAUAGCGUUGUGGAAGUAAAUUAAACCAGGUAAAAGAACGAUCAAUAUUAAUAGAUUUUCAAGUGUUUAAGCACCUCCAAGAGAGACAUAAGCAUUUACGUUGUCACUAUGUUGCCUGUUACAUCUCCAUUGCUGUCUUUGAGACACUAUUUACAACAGGCACACAAGAAAAAAGAGGAAGAAAGGGAUUGUUUACUGGUUUAGUGAUAGCUGACGGCCAUAUUUGAUUUAAAAAAUAUCACCAGAUUUCUGCAAUGAGCCUCCUAUGUCUUGUUUCUUUCCAAGAAACACUCGCAGUGCAUCUUCAACUGAAAAUCUUAUCCGCUGCCAUCAUGUCUAUGCACCUUUAUUUUGUUACAGAUUUAUUUUUAUUGAACUUUUCAUACAAGUGAUUUUGAAUUGAUUAAAACCAUAACAGUACAGAAAUGACAGAAAAUGCCAGGAAACAUUCAUAUACAAAAAAGCGGAAGAGUUAGAGAUUAACACAUCAUAAAAUAUAUGUAAUUAAAACAGCAAAAUUAGAGGUAAAAAUAAGUGAAAACUUUGAAAAAAAUGAUCAAAUAUGAACAGUUUAAAAUCAAGAUAAGUAGUUAAUUAUAAAUCAAAGCAAAAGGUGUAAAAAAAAUGAUAGAAUGACAAUAAUUGAAGAUAAACCGACAAAACAACAUUCAAGUCUGUUUAAAGCAUCAAAUAACAAAACUACUCAAGUCUCCAAAUCAGUGGCGAUUGCUCUAAGACUGCAGGAGAAGCUCAGCUUCCCCUAAAAUGUAAAAAAAAGUAUCGACAUCCACCGGAGCAUUUUCCAAGUUUUUCAUUCCCUUGUUCUGAACUGAUCCAGAGACUUUACCGAUCCCCAGAGACUUUGGAUUUGUUGUGUUUGGCGACUCUCCUCUGUCUCGACAGGGUCACAGAUCAUUUUCUUGAAAAGGAACUGAGAGUAGAAUUUACAUAUAAAUAAACAAACACAUUUACGAUGCAGGCCGGGGGAGAAAUGAGCUUCCCCUCCUUGAAAGACCAGCAGCCGCCACUGCUUUACAUAAAAGCCAGCUUGAACAGGUCUCUAGUUUACAUUUAAAAGACUCGAUAGAAGACAUGAAGAGGUUACAGCACCCUCUAUUGUUUAUAGGGAGUAUUGCACUUCAUUUUUCAUUUCUCGUGUGAGAUGCUCAUGUAAUUGGUUAUUAAGCUAAAAUCAUCCCGUAGAUUUAAUUGGUGUUGAUUGAUGUUCAACAUAGAGCAAAACAAGAGAAACGUCUGCCUGACAAAAGCAGAAGACAGAUAUGUUUUAUUGAAUUAUCUUCCUCUGGCGUUAAAACUGCUGAAUUUGUGUUUUUGAUGGUCUCAAUAAAUCAAUUUCUGUGAUCCAAUUCAUCUUUUAGUCUCCAUGAUGUUUUCACUUUUAUACUCAUGUCCUUUUUUUCUUGCUUUGAUUUGCUGCCGUAAGGUUUUAAUGCUCGCAUCUCUUCUGUUUUUAUUGACUCCCUCUGUAAAGCCUUUUUCACAAGCACGCUUUGAAAAAUCCUCUGUUCAAAUGAUUCAGUGUUAUGGAGCUAUUGAAAGGCAGAGCUGUGCUUUGUCAAAUUCCCCCCCUGCGGUUUAAAAUGUUGUUAUUGAAUAGAUCCAAAGACACACACAGGGAGGUGUUUGAUUGUUGCGUGUGUGCCUGCAGCUCAGUUUGUCCCACUUGGCUGUGUCUGCUGUCUUCAACCCCUCCUUUUCUCUGUCCGCUCAGAAGGAUGACGUUCGGGAAGGUGAACGAGAUGGGUCAGUUCAUCAGGGAGGCCGAGCCGGAGCCGGACGUCAAGAAGUCUAAAGGCAUGUUGCUUCUUUCUUUUACCUUUCCUCCAUCUCUCUAUCUCAGUCUGUCCUUUUAGUCUGUGCUUUCACUCUGCCAUAUUUUAUCUCAUCCCUCCUUGCUGCGGUGAAAUACAUCUUCUCGAUGUCCAUGAAUAUAAACCUCAUCUACAGGCUGGUCCAGCUCUCUGCUUUGUUCAGCUCAUAGCCUUCUGAAAUAUUUAAGAACAUUGCCCUCCUGAGACAAAAACAGCCUUGACUACUCUUUACAUCAAACAACACACAAAAUCUGUAUUUAUCACGUCAAAGAGGGCUUUCUCUUUUAUUAGAAUAAAGUAGCAGCCGUUUUUACUACAUAAUAAGUAGUGUUUCUGUCAGCUUAAAUCUGUUAACUGCCUGCUCGUAAAGUAUUAUUCACGUCUUGGUAGCUGCGUCUAAAACGUUUUUAAAUGCUUACAUAUUUCAGGAUUAACUCACCCUGUAAAACAUGCAUUAGUCUGCAGUUUGCAUCAAAUGAUUAGUUCAGAUUAGUCGAUGAUUUGUGCUCAGUAGUCCAGCCUCUUUGUCUCACUCAGCCCUCUCUUUUCUCUUUGUUUAGGUUCCAUGUUUUCUCAAGCCAUGAAGAAAUGGGUCCAAGGAAACUCAGACGAGGUGAGGCCACACGAUGUUAAAAUAUUCAUCAAUGAUUCAGAGGGCUGAGGCAUCCAGAAGCCUCUCAGUGACAUGUAUUCACAUGCACCCUGUGACAUCAGUCCAUGUUGUAUGAUUUAUUCAAGAGCUGCUCUGAGAGCGGUGGCGGCUUUGAGCUCAUGUUUGUUCUGUGGCUCUGUCUUCUGAAGGCUCAGGAGGAGAUGGCGUGGCAGAUCGCGAAGAUGAUCGUCAAUGACGUCGUCCAGCAGUCGAACCACGACAGCCCCGCCAAGUCCACCAAGGUACCGAGCCUCGCUCUGGGUCCUGUGCUGCUGUGUGUGCAGUCUGUCCAGUCAGAAGACUUCAACUGAACCUGCUCUGGUCUUUCUAAUAUACAAAGAAAUGAAUUAACUUUAAUUGUUUUGCAACUUUUAAAGAGAUUUACAUAGCUGAGCUUCCUGAUUGAGCGAUAUUUACAACUGAGAGGUGGAGCUAAGUUAAUAUACAAGGGUUGUUUUCACUUUAUUUUUUUGUCUGUUUACAUAAAGAGACCAUUUGAAGCAUUUGAGACUUCUAUUGUUCAACUUGUAGGAUACUUGCUUGAUCUUUUGAAAUGUUUUUGAAUUAUUUCUAUUGUUAUUUCUCCCAAGUGUAAGACUAAGGCUGAAAUAAAAAAGCUGCAAUAGUCGUACAAGAAUACAUCUGAGCAACACAUUAGUGCAAUGCAACACAGAUGUAAUUAUGAUAGUCAGAUCCACUAAUGCACUAGUGCUCUAAUGCGAGGGUAGUGAGACUUAAUUUAAACUCAGGUGAGGUUGAAUUUCCCAGCUGUCCCAUUUGCAUUUGGCAGCUGCAGCCGUGUUUUCUGAAGCCAGCGUUCUGUAUUUUUAACUUUGCUGUCACAUGCUGCAAACACCUCUUUUAUUCAGACACAUGUAUGAUUAUUGUUAGGCUUAGAGACAUCAAAUAACGCAAAGAUAGCCUGGUUAUGUUAAACUCGCUCAAUCUCACAGGCAUCAGUUCUGUUCUUAUGUGUUCUCUCUUCGUGUUUCUUCAGCUAUGACCCUGCAGAGGAACCAAAGCAUCGUCCCUCCCUGCAGACGCUGGCCGAGCCAGUGACAAACUGUUCACAGGGUUCACCCUGCAAUGAACUGUGGAACGAACAAGGCUUUUUAUCACCUCCCAAAGCACCAUGUGUGAAAGUGCUUGUCUGUGUGUGUGCGUGUACAGGUGUGCUUGUGAGAUAAAUGAGUGAUUGUUCACACAUGGGGUCCUGGGAAAGCUGAAGUACACCAUUCUUCCAAUCUCCCUCCUCCGUAACACUACAAAGGUACUGGUGCUUUGCUUUAUUUCGUGUUUGCAAUGAUAAAGCAGAGCUGGAUGCUUGAAUCAGACUGCAGCAAGACACUCCUGAUGAAGGACACAUUCAACUCAAUGUUACAGGAAGCAGCACGCUGGUCAGGAAAUCCCUGCAUCGCUUCAGCCAUCAGUCUGAGAUGUGAUUCUCACAUUGGACCUUUGGAGGGUGUGACAAACGCUGAGUUACCAUGACUCUGUCAUGACUCAACUCCCCACACUUUUUAGAACCAUUCCUUGAUUUUAGAUACGUUCCUCUCUGAAGGUCAGCCACUUUAGGCCUCGCAGAUGUACAGUUUUUGCAAACGCUCCCUCAGCCUGCCUGGAGUAGUUCAGUCUCCUAUUUGCUGAUUUGUGCUCUCCUACUUUGAACGUUAUGUGUACUGCAGAUGACUGGAAAAGUGACAGUAACACAGAAGAAGAGCUGCUUCAGAUCCUUGACUGGCUGACCUCCUUUAUGACCUCCUUGCUCCACCUUUACGGUGCGUAGAAGAAGAAAUACUCCCCUUAUGAACAGAAGUGCUCCAGUUGUGUUGGAAAACUCCAGACUCCAUGUCGUAAAUGUUCUAUAUAUACAGUAUAUAUAUGUAGAUUUCUGGUUUACCCCAUAUAUUAAUGUUAGUCCUUUUUUAUGGUGAUCGCUGUUUUUUUUUUUAAAGCAUCACUGAAACAAAUGUCAGUGGUGAGCUGACUGUUAAACUGGAAAGUGUGCUCAGUGAAAUAAAUCUUUUUUUAAAUUUGUUUUGAGCCUUACCAAGAUGUGGAAAUAAAACCAGAAAAGACUCUUGGUACUAUGUACCACUAAUGUCUCCUGACAUGUAUGUGUACUUAAUCUAUAAUAUAUUUAAAAUGUGUUUGAUUUAAAUACAUAUAUUAUAAAAUGUU